AGUAGUGUCAGCUUCGUCUUGAAAAAACAACACGGACAUACAGAUCGACAGCAGAUCGACGCGUGUGUGGUGCAUCUAUAGAUUGAAACGAUCGUGGUGGAAACUAUGUCAUAGAGCAGCGCUCAAGUCAUUCCCAUACGGACAAGAAAAAAAGGUGGCGAGAUGCUGCCGCUCCAAGACUGUUGGACUCAGCCCCCUUGGGUUCAAUACCUAUGGCUAUGACUGCACCUUUUGUCGACUGUCUUUGUGGGUUGGUGAACAACUAUGUUCACUCGGAGGUUACUUCGGUCGCUUUUCUAUGCCAUUCUCUUAUUCGGCACAUCCUUGAUCGGUCUCGGCUUGGUGUUCGCCUACAACCAUACCGGAACAUGGCGACUCAGCUCGGCGGAAGUACUUCGCGAGCAUCACGGAGUGGAACGACUCAGCUCGGCGGAGGUACUAGUACUUCGUGAGCACCACGGGGUGGGACGACUCAGCUCGGCGCACGUACUUCGCGAGCACCUCGGCGGGGUGGAAGUCGUACGUGGGCAUAGCCUGAACCUGACCAGACGUAACGAACCCAGCCUGACGUAUGACACAAAUCUAACUGUGACAAGAAAAGAGAAUCACUUCAACAUGACGAAUAUCCAAAAGAUACGAAACAUCACUCAAAAGUAUUUUGACCCAAAACGCCACGUUAUCUACUUCUCGGACUAUGAUGUACUCAUGAAGAAAUGUCAACCUCAACUCUUCACACUUCUCAAGGACCGAAGCAGCCGAAGUCCCUGCAACAUCGUACGUACGCCCAUCAAGCACUACCGGACAUGCGCAGUGGUGGGGAACAGCGGUAUCCUCCUCCAUAGCAGCUGUGGUGCUGAGAUAGACGCUCACGAGUUUGUCAUCCGGUCCAACCUGCCUCCCGUCUCCCCGUAUAGAACAGAUGUAGGCAGCAGGACUGACUUGACCACCGUGAACGAAAAAUGUCUGUCGCAGGUCAGCCGAGACCUCCAGUCUAAGAACGCGACGCUGAAGAAGGCCAUGCUGGACCGUCUUGGCGAGACGCCCGGGAUGAUCUUAAGCUACACGCUCUACUUCAUUCGGUCUAAGGCGACAAAGAAGAUGAAAACUAUAGACAAAGUUAUCCGGAAGAAUAACAUGACAGCUGUGGUUGCCUUCCCACAAAAGUCAUUCCUACGGAGCAAAGGAGUGUAUAAGGAGCUUGUGGGGGAAGAAUGGAGCUUCGCCUCGACUGGCCUGAACACCUUCGCCCUGGCCUCCACCUUCUGUGACAGGAUCUCCAUGUACGGUUUCUACCCCAUGUCUACCUACCAGAACAAGCCCGUUUCCUACCACUACUACGAUCAGCGUGUUCCUAGCACAAGACACGAAUUCGACAACGAGUACAAACUGUUAAGGGAUUUUCACAACCAGGGAGUCAUUAGACACGUCGUUGGAAAAAUGUAAUAUUGGCUGAGAACAUCUAUUGAUAACUAAUGAGCUCUUUCAAUAAGAGGACCCCAAUUUAGAAAAAAAAAACACGUCAACACCAAAUGCUUCAAGCCAAACAUGUUUGUUCACAAUGGCACAUUUGUAAAACUUUCCAUUUUCCAUGUAUCGUUCCGCAAUGUUAUGGCUCAAAGCUCUGGCCAGUACCUCAUAUACAUACAGUCUACCUCAAAUCAGAGAGAAAGAGGGUAAAGCAUUCCUACUAGUACUGCACUCAAUAUCGGACCAGCAGAUAACAACAGAAAACACACAUGAUGUCAUGACUGAAGAAUGAUGAAAAGAUAUAUGAAAUGUUUAGAAUACAAUGCAAUUACGUGACGUUAAAA